UCCCGUUGGCAGGAGCGCAGACAUGUGAGGACCCCAUUAGAGAAAAAUAAAAGCUGUCGGAAACACAAAGAGCUCUUCCGACAACAAACCCCUCUGUAGCUGUGAGACUCAGAGGUGGAUUAUUAGCAGCGCGUGUAUCUGCUGCUGUGAGCGAUUCACGGGCAACAACUUUUAUUAAUCUUUUUGGUGCAGAUCCCCAGGCAGCACCUGGCUGCUUUAUUCAACAUCUCCAGGCUGUCAGCUUUGAAGAGGAUCGAGCAGUAAACAGUAACUGGAUUUGCUUUUCUCUGAGGAUCUGAUUGCAGACCUGUGAAGGACUAAAGGUGCGAGGAGGAGGACGACAAGAGAGAAAGGGAUCUUUGUUUUCUUGAAGGGCAGCAUGGAUCUGUCCCGGGUCCAGCCGACAGACUGGAGCUCAGUCCAGCCCAGCUUCUCUCCGCUGCUGCAGUACGACGAGUCUCGGGAAGUACUCAACCACACCUUCAGCUUCCACAGCUCAAUAAUGCUUCCCUCCACUUUAAAUUCCCCCACUGCCUCCCUCAAUCCACCUCUCCCCUCUCUGCUGCCCUCCUCUCUCCUCAACCCCGCUUUAAUCCUCACCCCUUUACUCUCAUCCUCUCAACAGACGCCCACUUUUGACCAUGAUCCCUUGUCCUCCACCUUUUAUUUGAAGGACUUGGCUAAUCUGGAGAGCAUGUUCCUCUGGACUCUGCACGAGCCCAGCACCAUCGCUCUGACUGUCAUGUACUGCCUGUCUUUCAUUCUGGGAUUUGUUGGGAAUUUGAUGUCCCUGCGCGUCCUCACCAACAGGCGCAGCCGGCAGCUGGCGGGCGUCAGCGCCACGCGCAGCCUCCUGGUGAACCUGGCGGUGUGCGACCUGGCUGUGGUGCUGGUCUGCAUGCCCAUCACCCUGGGGAGCCAGAUCUACUCGGUCUGGGUCUACGGGGAUCUGCUCUGCCGGGCGGUGCCCUUCACGCAGGCUGUUUCGGUCUCUGCUAGUGUGUUAACGCUAACUGUGAUCAGCGUGAAUCGCUACUACAGUGUUCGCUCUCCACUGAGAGCUCGUUCCAUGUUUACCCGCUGUCGAAUCUUGGCAACCGUCGCCGUGGUGUGGACGGUGUCUUCGAUCAUGUGCGCUCCUAUUGCCGUGAUGAACCGGCGCCGGGAGAUCAGCUUUGAGACGUUUGCCAUCUUGGUCUGUGAGGAGAAGUGGCCUCAGCAUCGCCUUAAACAAGGAUACAACGUGCUGCUGUUCGUGAUGCUCUACUGUCUGCCUGUGACAUUUAACCUCACUAUAGGCUUCCUGACUGGCAGGCGACUUUGGGGAGGAAAAAAAUCCACGUUCGCUGAUCUGGAUCCUCGCAGCAAAGCUCUGCACGCCUCACGCCUCAAGAUGCGCCAGAAGAUCGCCAAGAUGGUGGUGUGUCUGGUGCUGUUAUUCGCCGUGUCGUGGCUGCCGCUCUACUUGGCUGACCUUUGGAUCGACUGCGAACAAAAGCCACCAUCUUGGCUCCUGCAGACGCGGCCGUUUGCCCAGUGGCUCGGCCUGACAAACUCCAGCCUGAACCCCAUCUGCUACUGUUUCAUCGGGGAUCUGUACCGCUCGGCCAAAGGGAUGCGGACGCGGUACUACCAGAAAGUGGCGUCUUUCUUCGGCUCCUCCACGUUCUCCAGCUCAGCGGCGGUGGCGUCUCCUUCCACGGUGAUCACAGACUCUAAAGGGACUUCUGCUGAGCGCCGCCAUAUUGCCGCUGCUGCUGUGGCGGCGUCUGCAUCCAUUGUUGCGAUCCCAAGGAUGUUGAGCUUGGCUCGAGGCCAAGGGCUCGGGCAGAGGGUCGGAGACAGUUCAGACAGCCGAGCGGGAUCUGACCACAGCAUCUCAGACUGGUGUCGCUCCAGUCCCACCGUGUGUGACAGCUCCUUGUUCCCGUGUCAGCUCCAAAUACCACAUCUCUCUGUAGAAAGAGCGGACUUCCUGCCCACAAGAAGACACUCCGUGAAUGAGAACGCAGGAUCAUUACCUUUGGGAAUCGAGUCUGUGGAAAUAGGUUUCCUGCCUUUGAGGAGGCAUUCGGGUGAGAGAAUAUAUGGUCCGUCAGCUGAUAACAAAGACAUCAUUACCAUGGACAGGGACGUUCUCGGUUUUUCUGGGCAUCACAGAAGCAAAACAUCACAAACCUACUUUCAAGUCGAAGAAAGGGAGGAUGAAACAACCACUAUGACCAACCUUUGAAGGCUAGUAUCAGCAGGGAAAUAUGAUUGAUUUGUCCGUCCUGUAGGAUGCAAAACACACACAACUUCUGAUUCAUUCUGCAGUAGACCGUGUUGGUUAAUCCCUUGCAAAAGCCACUGUUUGUAUGGUGAAUAAACUGAUCUGGUCUGCACACUACUUCUUUCAUUGUGCAGUAUUCUCCUCGUACCACCAAAGCACAGGGGCUUUAGGAUCAAUGCUUCGACCAAUGAGCUCAUGCUGACGAUGGCAGGUGGAACGAGAGAAGCCUCCGGGGGAAGAGCCAUGUUUUAAUAGCCUCCGGCUGGGAAGCAGGUUAUCAUUAAACAUAUAUAAUUGAAGCAGUGCGUCAUUACACACAAGUCAUACCAUAAAUGAUUGAGCUGCAAGUCACAGUCGUGUCUAACAUUGGCUCAAGACCAUAACCCAGCAGGACAUAUCAGUGUAAGGAGUUUAUUUGCUUCUCUGUCUUUCUUAAUGAUAAAGAAGGAAAAUACUGUAUCGGAGAUUCUGACAAUUCUCGUCUUUGCAGGAUACUGUCACCAUCAUCUUCUGCAGUCUGUGAUGAUGUGUUCUUUAGCAGCAGUUGUUCAUGCGUGCAGUCAUACAGGCGAUUUGAAUGAAAUAGUAUAUUAAUCAGAUCAUCUUAAACCUACCUUAUAAUGUGUGUUUUUAUUUUCUUAUGAACUGUGAUAUUGCUAUUAUAGGCAGGAGGGUAUAAAAAAACGUGCAACGGAUUUCCAAAGCUAGAUGACAAGCUAGUUUUCAUAAUUCAAAGGAAGUUUUAAGGGUCAGUUAACCCUAGUAAACCAAAACAACUAAAUGUCUCCUUCGCCUCAAGUGGUUUCUAAUCAUGAGGAUUCAUUUGACCUGGUGUUGAGAUAACGUUUCUCUAAUUUUGAUGAAUGCAAUUGUCGUUAUGGUUCUCAGAGGAUUUAAUCAUUUCCAAAAUCAGUGUCCUGUCUCAAUUUCACCUCAUCAUUCAGUCUGACACUGUUCAUAAUAGUCUUUUUCUGCCUGCUGUGUCUGGGGAUAAUUUUACCCAAACUAAUCAGUUGAUAAUUAGAUAUCUGUCCUGCAGUCAGCAGUGGAGUAGUGUUUGCAGGAAGAAGUUGUUUUCAUGCGGAUUUAAGAAGUAUGCCACUUUAAAGUCCCCCCAAAAAACACUGUCUUUUUGAAGCCUUACAAAUUGGCUUAUAAAAUCCAUCUGCAAACCAGAUCCUACAUUGUUUACAUCCACGUUUAUUUACUAGCACACUGUUUCUUUGAAAAUAUAUUCUGCCAUUUCUGCUUUAUCAGCAUGCAUGCAAUCUACCACAGGAGUUACCGCAGUGUCCCAGUGGUCUUUUUCUUUCUUGAUAAAACCUGCACGUUGAUGUGUGUUUAGGUGUGUUAUGCUAACCGUAAAUCAGUGUAAACCUGUGAGACACACACGAAAAAGAAAUCUCAAAACCAAGACAAAUUAAACAUGUCUAGAUACCACUAAAGGUUAGUCAAACAUGGUUGCAAUGUAAGGGAGCUGACCUUGAAAUGUGAUAUAUCAAACUGGCUGUACCAUGAAUAUCCGUAUAACAGUUUUAGGAAUUAAUAACAUAGUGGAUAGUGGUCGGCUCGCUGGAUUCGCUGCCUGUUACACCGGUAAAUGCCUUGUUGAGUAAAGGACUGACACGCAGUAAUAGCUUUAAAGGUUAAAGAAAUACAACAAACACACACACACACACAUAUACACGGACAACACCAUCUGCCCUCAGGCUGCUUCCAGUUGUUUGCAGGACAGAGGUGGUGAAUAGCAUGAACUGCUGUGACAUCAAGCUGCUAAUCACAGCAAAAGUGAAGCGGUGCAACACUUAAGGCAGCAAAUUGUGUUGAGACUGUCCUAUUUAUGUCAUUGGAUAACGUUGCUUUGUACCUUAGAACAUCUCUAUGCCAUAAUCUGUGACCGUGUCUUUCAUCUCUCCUUCUCGCUUUACUUUCAUCUACCUCUCUCUUUAUCAGUUUUGCACUUUGUUGACUGAGGACAUGUGUAAUUAAAAUUGUGCAUUUGGUGUUUCAUUAAA